GAGAGAGAGAUAUAAAUAUACGUUUUUUCUCUUUCUUCAUCUUCCUUCAUCAUCAUCAUGGGACGCGUUCGAGAAUUUCGUGCCGUUGUCGGCAUCGACGAACUCUCGUUCAACAGCACUCUAUGGAGGGCUCUCCCGGCAGAAUUUCUGGGAACAGGAUUCCUGGUACUCGUCGCCUGCGGAUCCUGCACCGGAGGAUGGGAGGAGACCUACUCCCCAACCAUGGUGCAAAUUGGUCUGGCUUUCGGUCUUUCCGUGGCCACCAUGGUACAGGCCAUCUGUCACGUGAGUGGAGGUCACAUCAACCCGGCGGUGACGGCGGGGAUGCUCAUCGCCGGGAAAUGCUCCAUACUCCGCAGCAUCCUGUAUGUGGUGAUGCAGUGUGCUGGAGGCAUUGCGGGGGCGGCAGUGCUGAAGUCCGUCACCCCCGAGGAUCUGAACUCACAGUUGGGAAUGACCUCCAUCCAUCCGAAGAUGUCCCCCAUCCAAGGUGUGGGAGUGGAAUUUCUGAUUACUUUUGUGUUGGUUUUCACGGUGUUCGGUGUGUGUGAUCCCCACAGAAGGGAUGUAAAGGGAUCAGCCCCUCUCGCCAUCGGCUUAUCCGUCACGAUGUGCCAUUUGUGGGCUAUAAAGUACACUGGUGCGAGUAUGAACACGGCGAGAUCUUUUGGUCCUGCUGUUAUACUCAACAAUUGGGAGAAUCACUGGAUAUACUGGGUAGGACCUAUUCUCGGAGGGGUGGUAGCCGGACUUAUAUACGAACACCUCUUCGCUGCUUCACCUCAUGAUAAAGAAGAACAUUCUCGAAACUACAACGAUUGUGACAGGACGACAUCCAUAUAAAACAACGAAACAAACAACUUUUCAAAUGGGUCACCACAGCAACGAAAUUAUGAAAGUACUGUUCACCAUUUAGAACGUAUCGGUAAUGGUGGUAGAACAAAUUUUCUUCAGAUCGUUUUCAGUAAACAUUGAUUCAUUAUAGCUUUUUUUUUCUGAGAAUAUGGUUCACUACUGGUCAUAAUUCUUUGGAUGAACUCAAAAGUGACUGUGUUCUUAAUUCUUUUUUCAGCUAUCGUGUACUUCGAUUUAUUAACGGAAAAAGGUUGUGAAAAUAUAUGGCCAUGCAGUUCUCCACUUUCAUUUUUUGGUGUCUUUGUGAACAUUAUGGCUUUGAUCGAACGACUUUCUGGUGGCUCUAUAUUUUUGGAACAACCUCGAGACAGAUGUUCUUGUUGGGGCAAAAUUCAGCUGCUAGCUACUUUUGGAAUGAUUUUUUAUAAGUUGAAAAGCAAACCGUUCGGUAGUUACGACGACAUGGUCUUAGGGAUGAUGAUUGAGAAUCAGUGGUGGAUUUAAAAAUUUAUAAUUACAUUCGAGAAAGCCAAACAGUUGCAUUCAUCAGUUUUCAAGUCAUUUGAGCCUUAAACUGUAAUUUUUUCUUUCAUUAUAACUUCAGAUGGCCAGUAAAAUAAAACCACAUUCGCUGACACAGAGGUGAUAAAUAAAAAAAAUAUAUGCAAGGCUCUAAAAAAGAAUUUUAAUAUUUUUAGCAUAGACAAAAGGUACGAUAGUGUUUUCUAGUUCUACCAUCCAUUACGAACCAAUUCUAUGGCGACGUGAUUAAAUGAUAGAACGAUGUCAUUCAUAUGAAAUUCGUUAGAAUUGAGCUUUGUGUCCUGAUGCCAUCGGAUCACUGAAAUUUCAAAUCCAUUCGUUCGAAACUAAACCUGAUAGUUAUUCCGUGCAAAAGUUUUUGAAAAAUUCCACUGUUUCGAAGUAGUUAUAAAUAUUUGGUGUUAGUACCUAAGAACUCAUCCUUCUUAAAUCGAAGUAAAUCUUCUUGGUAUGAACUCCAGCCCAGAUAAUUUUGAUUGUUUUCCGUCCAGAAAGAUGAAGUGUUAACAAAGGGAACAACCAAGACCAACACGAUUUCAUUUUAAGGGAAUGACUACUCUUUUUCUCUAUAUAUUUAUAUGUGUAUAGAAAUUUAUUUUGUCACUAAAUGGCAUUAAAUUUUGUCAUUAAAAAAUUGUGUCUUUUUUUUAAAAUUAAAAACGUCUAUUCAAGACAAAGAGGAAAGGAAAGCAAUAGCUUGGCAUGUCCUCCAUACAUCGAAAGUUUGUCGGGAUGUUCGAUAAUAAUUUGAGAACCGGCAGCACCGAUUUGGAUUGUUCUUUUUCCAACAGUUUGCAAACUUUUAUAGAGUGGUUUGUAAGGAUAGAUAGAAAGGCGGACCAGCUGGUCGCCGGUAAUAAACUUACAAAUUUUGGUUUAUGCAA